CAUCCGUCAUGUGUUCCAAGGCUUUGCUGCUCCUGGCCGCCAUUCUUGCUGCUCGCUGUUUUGGCAGCGGCUCUUCCAGACGAACGCUCGUCCUGGCCUGCGACGAAGCGGAGGCCAUGGAGGCGGCAUCAUCAUCGAUGGAGGAGGCAUCACCUCCACUCGCUGGGAACAAUAGAUAUAGCUUUAGGACUACGGGCAGCAGAAACAACUACGGCGAUUACAACUACAAGUGGGAGCGUGGUGGGAAUGGGCACGAGAAUGUCGAUGGCAUUGCGGAAAGCAGCAGUGGCAGCAUCCAGGACAACGAGGACAACGAGGACAACAAUGACAAUGACAACUAUAACUACAACAAAGCACCGGCCAAAUGGCAAAAGCAAAAACUCUACGGAAAUCCCAUCCACAGCAUACAAGACUUGCAGCAGCAGCAACAGGGACAGUUGCAGGAACAGUUUGAUGAUGAUCCCGAGAAUGCUCGCAAUGACUUCCGUCUGCAAUUGUCCGACUUAAAUGCGGCCGUUUCAGGUGCGGGCAGGUUUGUUGUUGGCCAGGACCCUGACAGUCCCAGCAACUGGCAGGAAUCGGAUGAAGUGGACGCACGGGAGCUGGCAAAGAGGCGACGGGAACAGGAGCAACUCCUGCUGGCUCGUCGCAGCCGCAGCAGCAACAGUAAACGAAGGGCAGCCGCGGAGGAGGCCGAAGUUGGCAGAGAACCAGGUCAACCAGAGUUUUAUGAGAAUGAGUGGCCAGCAGAACGCGACAAUGGUGUGGAUGUCGAAGGCGAAGAGGAUUAUGCCGUCUCCGAUGGUCAAGAGGAGGAUGCGAAUGAGUUAAGUGCGCAGCUGCCCUAUGGAAUCCAGAAUGUGCGCAAGCGCCGAGUGCGCAGUGUGAUGCCGCCACCUCCACCCUUUCUGGGUCCCAAUCCUAAUCCGGAUGGGGUGGUCACCUAUCAGUCGCUGUGCCCCACAAAUCGGGUAACUGUGAAGUUGGAGAGCGGGGAAUACCGUCCAAAUCAUUAUGUGGAGGUGACCUGUGCCCACAAUUACGCGCCACUGCCAUCCCGGAGCCACAGCUUUGAGUAUGGUUACAGGGGCAAUGAACUGCUCCGAGCUCUGCUCUCCGAACGCGGCGAGAAGCGAGAGAUCUGCUCGGCGACGGGCUUCUCCUGCAUCCAGCUCAACCGCACCAUCCACCUGAUCCGGCUAAACGACGCCUCCGGCUGCUGGGAAUCCGAGACGCGGACCGUGCCCUCUGGCUGCGAGUGCAUGUGGCCAAAGCACAGCUAUGGGGACAUUGCCGCCUACCACCAGGCGCAGAAGCGGCGUAGCGGUGCCUUUGGGCUAAGGCCGCAUCCCUCCCUCAACGUGGACUACAAGCCAGGCGUUGGCUACCGCCAGUUGACUCUGCGAACAAGGAGCCCCAAGACCCCGGGACCGCGCAACCGCCGCGAGGAUUCGGGCUACGAGAGCUAUGAGUUCAACUAGUAGUUUAUUUUUUCGAGGAGCCCAGAAGGAGCCCCCCUAAUUGGUUUAGCAACUAAGUUUAAAUCCACAUAAAUUAUUUUUCGAGAUAGCUAUAGUAAGUAAUCAAGAGAGAGCAGAGCCCUCGGUGUCGUGGUGUGUGAAAUAAACGAACUACAAUGGAGCAAACCCAAAACAAAGAGGGUAAUAGUAAUGAUUGCGUGAAAUAAAAUUGCAUUUGCCAACCUGGGCGGAAUCCUGCGCCUUAAGUACUUAA